AUGUCGGGAUCGUAUAAUUCCAAUUCAACUACACAGCUGCGCGCAAUCGAAUCUGCAAUUCCAUUUAUUCGGCAAGCAAUUGAUGUCUUAGAUCUUACUUCUUCGUCUCAACCAAUUAUCAUUGCAGAUUUUGGUUCUGCACACGGUUUAAACUCGUUUUAUAACAUGAAAUUUAUUGCUGAUUAUAUCAAAGAAACGAAAAAUUUCGAAGGAUCAUUUUUAGUGGUUCAUAAUGAUUUACCAACGAAUGACUGGAGUUCUUUAUUCAAGAUCGUAAACCAAGACACGAUGUACUUUGGCUUGGCUAAUGGUCGAUCGUUUUAUUCACAAUGUCUUCCAUCAAAUUCGAUUACAGUUGCUUCUUCAUCGACUUCAAUCCAUUGGCUCUCACAAAAACCAUGCAACAUUAGAAACCAAUGUUUUCAGAUAUCUCGAGAAGGAGAAGAAUUUGAACUAUUCAAACGUCAAGCUCGACGUGAUUAUGAUGACUUUUUGGCGAAUCGUUCUCGCGAAUUGAUUUCCGGUGGAAUAUUACUUCUAACAAUCCUCUCUUAUGGCUUUCAAGGGACACAACUGAUGCAGCAUGGAUUAGGUUUUCUAUAUGAAUGUGCGAAACUGCUUCCCUUAACAGACGAAGAAUUACUCGAUUAUACAAUACCUUUGUACCGUCGAUCAUAUGAAGAAUGUCUUGACAGAGAUUUGUUCGAUAAAUAUUCAUUGAAAUUAAUCGAAUCUAAAAUGGUUUUUCUUAACUCAACGUGUUAUGAACAAUGGAAAAAAGAUGAGAUUACUCUCGAAGAAUUUGCAGCGAACGAAACUGGUUUUAUUCGUUGUGUUACUGAAUCUGCUUUAGUUGAAGCAUUGAAAAGGAAUGAACGGCGUUCUAAAGAAGAGAUUGAUCAAUUAGUAACUAGAUUUUGGAAGAUUUUUAAUGACCAAAUCAAACGAGAACCUGAUCGGUUUAACUCAAUUGAAUACCACACACAUUUAAUAUUGAAAAAACUCUGA